AUGCAAGAUUUGCAAAAUGAUGAUCGAACAAUAGCUCUUACUAAGGAGUUUAAGAAGAUAAAACCACCGACAUUCCACGAGGGAGUGGAUCCAUUGAAGGUAGAGGCUUGGGUCCUUGGCAUAGAAAAGCUCUUUGAAGUAUUUCUAUGCCUCGAAGCACAUAGAGUACAGUUGGAAACAUUUACGCUUAAAGACAAAGUGAAGAGGUGGUGGAUAUUAAUCCAUGAGAAUAACAAAGAUAUUGAUUGGGCACAGUUUUUGGAGAUCUUCUACAACAAAUACUUUUCGCAAUGUACCCAUGAUAAAAAAGUGACUGAAUUUGAGGGGCUUAAACAAGACAAUCUGACUGUGGCAGAAUACGAGGCAAAGUUUACAAAAUUGGCCAGAUUCACACCGCAUAUGGUCGACACCGACUAUAAGAAGGCAAGAAAAUUUGAGGGCGGUCUCAGCAAUGAUAUUCAAGAAAGAGUGAAUAUAUUGAAACUGCCUACUUACGUUGAUGUGUUGAAUCGGGCUUUAAUGUCCGAAACUAAUAUGGCCAAGCAGAGAGAAUCGGUUGAUAGAGAAAUAAAGUUUACUAUCGAUGUUGCACCAAGCACCCAGCCUAUAUCAAAAACUCCUUACAGAAUGUCUACUAUUGAAAUGAAAGAAUUGAAAGAACAGUUACAAGACUUGCUUGAUAAAGGUUUAUUUAACUGA